UAAGAAGAAUAUGCGAUGAUAGCAAAAACAAUGAAGCAGUGAUGCUUCUUCGUCUGCUUAUGCUCUCUGCAACCCUUCAUGCCGGCCAAACCUAAACCCACUUCCAAUUUCAUACUUUUUCUUCAAUUCUCUUCAUCAAUCUCAAAUUCAAUUCAUAGCAAUAAAAAAUCCCCAAAAAAUUUCACUCUUUUGAUUUGGAUCCAUUGAUUAAGGCCACAACAAUCAAUCACAGCAAUUCUUCAAUUCAAUCUUAUUUGAUCACUUCAAAUUCCCAAUCUUUUCAGUUUUAAUCGAACUGGGUCGAUUCAAUUUGAUUGAUUUGAUCCAAUUUUAGGGUUUCUGUGAUUGAAAUGGUAUAUUUCCAUAGCUCAAUUUCUAUUUGCAAGUCUUCUGUUGACCAAUUAUCAUCAUCCAUGGCGAAUUCCCUCGAUUUAGGAAAAUCGAGGAACCGUAAGACACUCAAUUCUCUUCAGAUUCCCCCGUGCGAACGAUCUCGCUCGGCGGUUGUUGAUGUGGUUAUAUUUAUUGCUGUUAUUACCGCUCUAGGGUUCUUGGUUUUUCCUUAUAUUCAAUUUGUGAUGAGUGAAAGUUACAAAAUUUGUGGUUUGAUUAUGGAUUUGGUGAAAGAAGAAGUUGCUGUUGCUCCUGUGAUCUAUGCUUCAUUAGCGGUUAGUGUUUCUUGUGCUGUCUGUGCUACAUGGUUUUUUGUGUCUUACACAUCAAGGAAAUGUGGGAACCCUAAUUGUAAGGGUUUGAAGAAUGCUGCUGAGUUUGAUAUUCAAUUGGAAACUGAAGAUUGUGUUAAGAAUUCACCUUCAUUGGGUAAAGAUGGUGGUGGGAUUAAAAAGGGUCUUUUUAAGAUUCCUUGUGAUCAUCAUCGCGAACUCGAAGCCGAGCUUAAGAAGAUGGCACCUAUUAAUGGAAGGGCCGUUCUUGUUCUUAGAGGAAAGUGUGGUUGUUCUGUUGGUAGGUUAGAAGUUCCGGGACCUAAGAAGAAUAGAAAAAUCAAGAAAUAGGAUACAGAAAGAAAAAGAAAAGACUCCUAACUCAUAGGAAGGAGAGAAUAAUUGAAUACAUAAUUUAAUCCGAAUUGGGAAGAGGAGUUGGUUAUAGUUAUAUGGUCAUGGUCAUCUAUGUAACACCGACAUGUACACCAAACAUGUGGAUGUGUUCGAUGUUUGUGUUUGUGUCAGUGCUUCAUUGAUGGUCAUUCUAUUAGAGAUUUAGAUUGUUUUUAAAUAAGCCUGUCUUGGCAAUAAGUUGUAAGGAACUUCGAAUCAUACACAAUUUGGUUAUUUAUACUUUGGAAUAUCAGAAUACUUUAAUCUGAUUUACAUUACUAUGCAA